GGCUUAUGACUGAGACAACACGUGUGCAUCCUCUGAUUGGAUACGUACGAUAGAGAAUAUUAUUUUUACAACUUCAUCAUUAAUUCAUGACGCCGAUAUAGACAACAUAGAAAGGACUCUCUACACGGUACUGACGUCACACUUCCACGGUAUUUCGGUGUUUUGACGUUUUAAUAUACAAUGAAUAUUAAUUGUUGUGUGGUAGCAGUGUUUUGGGCGUGUAUAAGCCUGACCCAAGGACAUAUAUUCUCGUCUGUGCAGCGUGUGGAAACGUUAUAUGAGGAGGAGGGGCGUCUUACACGCGCCCUCAUGAGGUACAAGGACACAAGUGUAAACAAUGGAACACACGUGGGGGACAAAGUGAUAAAAUUUGUUGAAAACAUUUACACACAACGCUCGACGGUAGAUGAUGCCGGACUGUGGGUUGGCCAUCCAAUAAAUGCCUUACGCUUAAUACUUCGAGUGGCUGAGGACUGGGAGAAGGUUUUUGAAGAGAUCUUUUGUGACGAUUGUCCGGACACCUACGCCGCUAAAGAUUUACAAAUAUCGAAGAAAAUUGCCUUGAACGCUGUUAAAAUUUGGCCCACGAAAGAUGACAUCUUGGGCGCAGUUCGAGGGAUCCUUCGGCUUUGGCGAAUCUAUCAGCUUGACCUCCAACAACUGGUUAAUGGAACCGUGCUACAGGAGAGUUCCAAUCCACUGUCAUGGCGGGAAAUGCUAGCAAUCGCAAGAGGUGCAAUAGAUUUGGGCAUGCAUUAUGACGGUAUUACAUGGAUGACGUCAUUGCUGGAAACCAAUAGUAAAGGACAGCUAGGGUCAGAUUCAAAAUUCGAGGAGGAUACUCUACGGAAAAUAUUGGCAUCUGCCUAUUAUCAGGUCGGCAUGGCAUGGAAGGCAGUUGAAGUGCUCGAAAAAUCAGAUGCAAGUAAGCGAGGGUCCAAUUAUGAAUUUUACAAAACCCGAUUAGCCGCCCUUCCUAAAGGAACAUCUCGAGAGAAACUACAGCCUCCUGAGUAUACAGACAGAUACCAGGCUCCAUACGAGGCAUUAUGUCGGGGACCACUGAAGUCUGCGAAAAUGCAAGCCAGAUUGAAAUGUUUCCUGACGAAUACCCGGAUUCCGUUUUACAAGAUUAGAGCAGAGAUUGUCAACUCAAAACCUAUCAUAAUAAUCUAUCACAACGUCAUAUCCAACAGUGAGAUGGAAUUCCUACGUAACGAAGGCGAAAAAUCUUUGACAUAUUCAAAGAUUUUUGCUGAAAGUGGACAACAUCUCAUGGCCAACAAAAGAGUAAGCCAAACAGCCUGGCUAAAGGACACAGAUCAUCAUCUGUUACUACGUCUCAACAAACGUAUAUCCACUAUCACAGGGCUUGACAUGACCUUCCGGGAUCACCUUAGUAGUGUAGAACGCUACCAGGUGGUCAACUAUGGAGUAGGCGGGGAGUACGGUCCACAUAACGACCACUUAGGUAAACCGUUAUGGGGUAGAGGUGGGUUACCUGAAGCAUUAGAAAUCAACGACUCCGGGGACAGAAUAGCCACAUGGAUGUUUUAUUUAAGUUCGGUGAAGGCAGGUGGCGCCACAGUAUUUCCGCUACUGAAAGCACGUGUUCCUGUUACCGAGGGAUCGGCCGUAUUUUGGUACAACACUUUGCCAAACGGAUCCACGAAUAAGAAAAUGAUGCAUGCAGGCUGCCCGGUACUACUUGGCACAAAAUGGGUCGCCAAUAAGUGGAUACGACAGCAUGGACAGGUCCUUAGAAAGCUUUGUGGCAAGACAGAAAAGGCUAAUUUCGAAAUAGACAACAUUUAAUAUUUUCAUACUUUUCAUCUAUUAACUUAUUUUUUUCUAUCUUUUUUCUUCGGACAGCCAUGUUCAAUGUAUACAAUUUAAAAUUUAUGUUUCAUGGUACGUUUACUUUUUUUAAAUAACCUGUUUUUAUUCAUGAAUUUAGCCGCACGCUAACAACUUGAAAUAAUAAUAAAAGAAAGAAAGCAAUAAACAGAUCAAGUCUAAUAACUAAUCAAAACGUUCAUUCAUAUAAUUGUUACUGGCACGUGGAAAAUAAAAAAUAAAAAACGUCUGACGAUUUUGUUGACUUACCUAGACCAACCGUCGUGCAUCUCUGUCAUCUUCCCGCUAAGACAUUUAUGGAACAAGUUUGAUAAAAGGUUAAGUCGUAGGGCAAAUACUCCGAUCAACGUUGCUCAUUGGUGUUGGCACUGGAGUUGGAAUGAAACCAUGAACAAAUAAAAAAGGACCAAGCGCUUUCUGAUCCAUUCAUUGGUCCAAGGGAGCUAGAGAAGGAAUUAAGGAGACAAACACGAUAUUAAUAGGUCCGGAACGGCUUUCAUUUUGAUAGUGGUAAUAUCAAUUUAAAGUUUAUAGGGUUUUUAAUUAUGCAACAACUAAAUAAAACAAGAU